ACAAGCCAUAACUCAAGCUUCAGCAGAAUUAUUCUACACUAAUAACUGAACAUUUAGAAUCACCAUGUUGUCUCUCUGUUGUCUACUUGUUACGGUUGCUUCAGUUUUUGCUGCACCUAAAAGAAAGAUCGACGGUGGAUCUCCAGCAAAAGAAUGCGAGUUUCCUUCCAUUGUCCACCUCAAAAUAUUUGAUUACCCGUCAGAUAACAGGAUUAGCUUAUGUGGAGGUAUUUUGAUUGAUUCUAAACACGUAUUGACAGCAACUCACUGCCUAGUAGGAAAUGUCAGAAAGGUUAAAGUAAAUAUUGGUUCCAAUAACAAAUGGAGUCCUGGUUCUCAGUCAACAACUGCAAGAAGAAUUCUGAAACAUAGUGGAUACGUACAUACUCCAUACCUGAUUCAGAACGAUAUUGCUAUACUGACUUUGACCAAGCCAGUCCGUGAAAAUAGAUGUGUCCGCUAUGCACAAUUGGCCAAAUAUGGAGAAAGAUUUGGUACCCGAAGAUGUAUCGCUGCUGGAUGGGGAAAUUUCAAAUAUAAAGGAAACAGUCCUGACCAGUUAUAUAAAGUGCAUCUUCCAGCUGUUCCCCAUCAUGUAUGCAAAAAAAAGUCAAAGAUGCAAAUUUCUGAUGGAGUUCUCUGUGCUGGAGAUUUCAAAAAAGGUGGAGCAUCUACUUGCCAGUUAUGUUCCGCUGACAUUCAGAAUGCACUGGAAAGACUUUCUUGA